CAACAGAUGCCCGAGCAACGAACUGCGACGCUUCAACGAUGCCGAACCAGGAGGACGGGGAGCAGCCUACGGAAGCGCCAACGUUCGAAGAAGUAUGGAGCGCCAUGCCUUCUGGAUUUGCCGGAAGCCUGUUCAACUGUCUCGAACGAUGCGAUCAACUCCACUUGAUGCAAGUGAGUUCUCGACUUGCGAUGGACUCGAAACGAGACGAGUUGUGGGAAAUGGUGGCGCUGGAGCGAUUUGGAUUGAACCGUGAGGAAUUUCAAUGUGGGUGGUGGAAGACAUGUGUCCAAUUGUACCAUUACCUGGACGACUCGGUCGCGCUCUGCACGUAUGUGCAGCAACAGAAUGCGUUCAGCUUGGGCUAUAUCAAUCGCGACAUCAAAGAACGCAUUCAACACCAGCUUUUAUCGAUGAUUGAGUUGACGUCGAAUGGUCGGGACAUCGGGAGCCGUCGUCACUUGUUUCGCCUGCAUGUCAUCAAGUACUUGGUUCGACUCCUGAGUUGCACCAUCAUGGGAAUUCGCGAUUUGGUGUGUGGGGCCCUGGCGAAUCUUAUUUGCAUUCAAAAUGGCAACGGUACAUCCACUGGUGCUGCGAAGUCAAAUGACGAUUUGCGCGAGUGCAUGAGCCAUGCAAUUGAACAAUGUCGCGGGGACAGACAAUUGAAAGACUUGCUGUUGUCCCCUCAAGUGUGCGAAUGCGGGCCAGGGCCAACUAAGCAUGCGGCUCGAGUGCUCUUAAACAUGACGUUUCCAGCCGACCAAGUGCUUUGCGGCGCCAAGGAUAUUUGGGAAGGCUACAUUGCGGCAAAAUCAAACCAUCCCACCGUCGACGACGAACUGUGUUUUCACCAUCACACGACGUCGAGUUGGCAAAUCACGUACCGCCAUGGCAGCGGAAGGGUGUACCGAAAUGCUGCCGUCAAUUGGACAGUGUCGCAACGUGGUGCGUUGCAAGGCACUGGCCGCACCGACGAGCCGGAAGCACCGUUGACGUUGGAAGGGUACAUUCACUCGAGACCGGGAAUACACAACGUCGAAUUUACGGUGGCAUUUGGCAACCGAGGCAAGCCAUACGGACCGUUACCGAUAGCGCACAUUGCGUUCUGGUCGUCCAAGCAACAAGACAAAAUGUGGGGGGUGUGGGAGGUCGGCUCUUCCCCAGACCAGUACAAACUGGGGACCGGUGGCGUGUUUUGCAUGACUCGCGUGUCGUAGUAGAAGGCAUCGCCAUUGCCAUUCAAACGUGGCAUGUGCGAAACGUCGACAUCGUCGCAUCAACUGCAAAAAUCACAGAUAUCCGAAAUAUCGCGGACGAAAUAUCCUUUCCGUUCAUAUUAUGAAGAAAAUAACUCUGGCCUCCAAGACGUAAUUUAUCCACCAAAUCUUUC